AUGAGCGGAUCCAUGGUAGCUCGGAUUCCUCGAGUCCUUGCACUUCUUACAGGCUUUGUUGGGGUCACUACGGCACAGACAUUAUGGCCGCUACAGACAUACAAGAGUUCCUCUAUCGAGACCCCGUAUCUCAAUGUCACAAAAAUGGGCCAGACAGAGCCUGGACACCUCUUCUUCUCACCACAUGAUAUUUUGCGCAGUAGUGGGUACCCUACUAUCUACUCCGAUGACGGACAGCUAGUGUGGCAGGGACAAAAAGGCAACUACUCUGCCCUUCACCCGCAGAAACUGGAUGGCGAGUCGGUCAUUGUCUAUUGGGAAGGAUUCGUCGCCGAAGGCUUUGGCUUCGGACAUAUCAGUAUCUUGAACAGCUCAUAUGACGAGAUCCACCGGGUGACCGUCGACUGCAAGGCCGAGAACUUUGUGACGAUAUACGGUUCAGAUCCUUCCAGCUCUUGUAUUGAUAUUCACGAGAGCCAGCUCACGGAUGAUGGAACGAUUCUGGUCACUGCCGUCAACGUCACGCAGGCUGAUUUGAGCUCUGUCGGUGGGCCCAAAGAUGGGUGGAUUCAAGACGGCCUAAUAUACGAGAUUGAUAUUAAGACCAACGAGAUCCUUUUCCGUUGGAGCGCAUACGAGCAUAUUGGUGAGCUUCCUAUGAGCAACGAUAUCGCACCACUCGGGGCAACUGGUGCUGGCUCUGGUGUCAAUCAAACCGACCCAUGGGGAUAUCCCCACCUUAACUCAAUUGCCAAAUAUGGGGACUCUUACCUUGUAUCUUCCCGCUAUAUGUGCAGUCUCUUCUUUCUGGCUCCCAAUGGUACUAUUACUUGGCAUCUUCACGGUCGGACGGGCGGAGACUUUCAUUUGAGCCCUGACACUAGCUUCUGCUACCAGCACGAUGCGCGCUUCGAGUCACAGAGCGACGAGCGCGUGACAAUUGCCCUCCACAACAACGACAACACUGAGUUCACGGGAAGCACCUCUUUGACUACAGGCAUGGUUUUGGAGCUUGAACUUCAAGGGUCAAAACAAGUCACUCUCAAGCGCCGGACGUGGGAUGCGGCUGAGCCUGUAUAUGCUCAGUCACAGGGUAGCUACCAGUCGCUCGGCAACGGCCACAUCCUCCAGGACCAUGGUGCCACGCCUAAAAUUGAGGAAUUCGAUCAAAAUGGCAGCGUCGUGAUGCGCGCCCGCUUCGGCUACGACAAUACUAUGCAGACGUACCGUGCAUACCGAUACCCCUGGGUGGGUCGACCUUCUACGAAGCCGGAUGUGGUGGCUUGUCCAUCUAGCAAUGGUGACAAGUCUACUGUGUAUGUGAGUUGGAAUGGUGCAACAGAUGUUGAGUCGUGGAAGAUUCAUUCGGGCUUUAAAGUCAAGAGUAAUGCUGUGCGUAAUGGCUUUGAGACUGUCAUUAUCGUUGAUACGCUUCGUAAGGGCGACUCGGUGGUCGUUGAAGCUGUUGGUGGCGUUGGCCAUGGCACAAGGUCUGCGUCUGUAACUGUGGGCCACGGUUGUUAG